GUUUUAUUAUGUGGCAACAAACUAUACGGACAUGCCAACUUACACAAAAAUUGACGUUUGAAUCGGCCAUUUUGCAGUUUUUACGGUAACUGCUAUACACGUGUUCGGUUGCCGAGAUGGCAGUUGCAAAGAAGCCCGUGGCUAAAAAAGCCCAACUGCACCAGAAGACUGGUAAGAAGGGAGUCAAAGGUGGUAAAAUCCGCGGCAAAGGAAUCAAGCGGAAGAUCAACCUGAAGUUCACGAUCGACUGCACACACCCCGCUGAGGACAGCAUCCUCGACGUUGGCAACUUCGAGAAGUACCUGAAGGAGCGCGUCAAAGUUGAGGGAAAAACAAAUAACCUAGGCAAUCACGUUGUCAUCGCUAGGGACAAGACGAAGAUCUCCAUCAACGCAGACAUUCCCUUCUCAAAGAGGUAUCUGAAGUACUUGACAAAGAGGUACCUCAAGAAGAACAACCUUCGUGAUUGGCUGCGAGUGGUGGCUUCUGCCCACGACUCAUACGAGCUGCGUUACUUCAACAUCAACGCUGACAGCGACAACGAAGACAAUGAGGAUUAAGCUGUUGACUACAAUAAAAUAGUUUUACACUA